AGAAACAGGGGGGUGCCAGGAAGUGGGGGGUUUGACUUACAACAUUGUUCACGAAGCCGGCUCCACCAUCAUCACUAAGCCCGAUUCUGAUCCUGUGGUCGCGUUCCCUCCGGUCCCGUACUCCUCGACCGAGGGUGAACUGGCCACAGUCAAGUUUUCAGCGACCGCGCUCGAUAUAGCUCCUGGCACAACUGGAGUUCUGACGGUAACCUUCAUUGAACCUGCCAGUGUUGAUGCGAAACUGUUCCCCAUCUAUGGCGGAUACAUCAACAUUGUUGGUUCCAAUGACGAGUCUCUACGCGUGACCUACGCUGGUAUCAAGGGCAGCGUCUAUGGCAGUAACAUCUGGGCCGACGAAUGGAUUGACCCCGUCAUCCAAACCCGGACCAUGUGCUAAUCCAAGAGAAUGAUACCUUCAAGAUGACCAUCGAAGACACUUUCACCAUUGACUUUGACAUUCUGUGGCCUACUCGAGAGUUAAGCUUCGACCUCGUCGAUCCCUCCUGGGAGCCCACAGACUGGUCCUAUCCGUUCUUCUCAGGCCAAAACAACUACGUUGGUUCUCCCCAGCACUACAACCUCAUCUCGGACGCCUACUUUGACGCUCCUGUCCAGCAGUACCCGCGCCUGCCUUCGAGCACAUGGUGGCCGAGUGGUAACUUCUCGCACGGUAGUGCGAUCGAGUGCGGCGAGUACAAAAUCCUGUCAAGGGCGCUUCGGACUUAUGGGGAUUACCACAAUGUGAGCGACUGGCAAAUUAGGCUCUCGCCUAAGAUCAUUGUCGACAAGAAUAAGGCUUAGUCUCUAGCCUUGGCUCUGUACCAAGCGCAGCGCAAGACCGAUAUCAAGGAACUUGAGAGUGCGUGAACGGGUUUGCCGACCGCGGUGUAACCACCGUUGCAUCACACUACGAAUUGUGCCCAUGGUCUUUGAAAACUUGAGACUAGUGAUUGGCUGCUAAAAGGGAAAUAUGAGACAGUUGGAGAGUAAUGUGCAAAAACAUGUCUGAUGAUGUUGGCGCAGCUUUCAUGUUGUGGCACAACCAUUUCGGG